GCAUCCCUCCUGGGUAGAGAUUGGGGCUCCCUGGCGGGGUCCGGGCACCCAGUCUGUGUCCUAUAUUUUAAUGAAAGACUUUCUUUUUCCUCCUUUAAAAAAAAAUUAAAGAUUUUACUAUUUUAUUGUUGGGCUAGAGAAAGAACCAGACAGCACUCUAGUACAGGUGCUGCUGGAGAUUGAACUCACGACCUCAUGCUCCAGAGUGCAGUGCCUUAUCCACUGCACCACCUCCCAGACCACUCUUUUCUCCUCUCUUCCUCUAUUUCUUUCCACUUUUCUUUCUUUUUUUAUAUGUGUUUUCCCUUUUGUUGCCCUUGUUAUAGUUAUUGUUGUUGUUAUUGCUGUCGUUGUUGUUAGAUAGGACAGAGAGAAAGGGGGAGAGGAGGGGAAGACAGAGAGGGGGAGAGAAAGACAGACACCUGAAGACCUGCUUCACCGCCUGGGAAGCGACCCUCCUGCAGGUGGGGAGCCGGGAGCUCGAACCGGGAUCCUUAGCCGGACCUUGCACUUUGCGCCACGUGCGCUUAACCUGCUGUGCUACCGCCCGACUCCCCUCUUUCAAUUUUUCUAUACUUCAGUGAGAGAGCACAGAGCUGCUUAGCCCUGGCUGAUGGUGGUGCUGGGGACUGAACCCAGGGCCUCAGAGCCUCAGGCAGGAGACUGUUGCAGAUAUUAUUAUUAUUAUUAUUAUCAUUAUUAUUAUUAAUUUCCCCAAGAGCCCUGCCAAGCUCUGGCUAUGGUGGAGCUGGGGAUUGAACCCGGGGCCUCAGAGCCUCAGGCAGGAGACUGUUGCAGAUAUUAUUAUUAUUAUUAUUAAUUUCCCCAAGAGCCCUGCCAAGCUCUGGCUAUGGUGGAGCUGGGGAUUGAACCCGGGGCCUCAGAGCCUCAGCCAGGAGAGUCUAUUGCAGAACCACUCCCCAGUCACAGUAUUAUUAUUGUGGUUGUUGUUUUCCUCAGAGCACUGCUCAGCUCUGGCUGAUGGUGGAGCUGGGGAUUGAACCCGGGGCCUCAGACACUCAGGCAGGAGGGUCCCUGGCGGAGCCCCUGCGUGCCCUCGCCCCUGCCCCUGCUCUGCGUUCCUCUGGCUUAUUUAGUUGCUGCGCUGUGCCAGGGAAGCAGCCCCGAGACUCGCCGGUGCCGUCCUGGGAGCAGCCUGCCGUCCUGUCUCCUCUCACUGCCCUUUUGCUCCAGAGGGAGGAAGCAGGCCGCGGCACCCUCGCCGCCCGCCGCCCGCCGCCCGCCGCCCGCGGGGCUCCUGUGUGGGGCCGGACUCAGGCCCAGGCUGCGCACCUUGCUCGGCCCGUGACGGCUCGGGCUCGGGCUCGGGCGGGCCGGCCGGCCUCUCACGGCUGCCCCUACCCCACGGGCACUGCCCAAGGUGCCGGGCCGGACCCCGGGUCUCUCCCUGCCCCCGGCAGGAGCUCCGGAUGCGUGUGGAGGCCGCGGGGAGCCGGGCAGCGUCUCUGGCAGGCGGUGCUGAGCCUGAAGGACAGACGGACGGCGCUUCUCAACCGCCCUCGGCUUCUGGGCACAGCCAGGCUCCCAGCUCCCGGGUGGGAGAUUGCAGCCUCGGAACUGCAGCUCUGCCAGAGCCCUCUGUCCCUCCCUCCCUCCUCCCUCCCUUUCUUCUUUCUAAAUGAGAACGAAAGGGAGGUGCACUGCAUCAAAGUAAAAGACUCUGGGGGAGGAGUGGAAGGGAACUUGGGGGUCCUGGUGCAUGGGGAAGACACAGUGAGCCAAUCACUGUGCGAUGAAGAAAAGGAAAGGAGGGAGGGAGGGGGAGACAGCAGCCUCUGGCGUGUGUGGUGUUGGGGGAGCUCAGAAGCUGGGCCUGAGAGACCACCACCUACUGGGCCACAAGGUCAUUUCUGGCUCUGUCUGUCUAUCUGUCUGUCUUUUUUAUCAUUUUCUCUUUUUUUUAAUCUUUAUUUGUUUGUUGGAUAGAGACAGAAAUGCGAGAGGGAAGGGGGAUGACAGAGAGGGAGAGAGACAGAGAGACGCCUGCAGCCCUGCUUCACCGCUUGUGGAGCUUCCCCCGCAGGUGGGGAGGAGGAGCUGGAACCCGGGUCCUUGCGCCCUGCGACGCGCGCUCAGCCAGGUGCCCCGCCUGCCCCAGGCCUUUCCUUUUUGUUUUUCUCCCCUCGCUCCUUGCCAUUGACUUGACGGGUUCCUGAGAGAGAGAACCAGAGGAUCACCUGCUGGAUCAGCCUCCCUCCCGUCCCACUCUCCCUCGUAACAGCUGGAUCAACCUCCCUCCCGUCCCACUCUCCCUCGUAACAGGUGGAUAAAUCUUCAAAAGGUAAAAACGUUGGUGGGUUGCACCACAGAAUAAGACUCGUGUGGGCAGGAGAGUUCAAGCCCUGGAACAUGAUGGCAGAGGAGGACCUAGUGGGGGGUUAAGAUUUUAUUUCUUGGGAGUUGGGCGGUAGCACAGCGGGUUAAGCGCACGUGGCACAAAGCGUGACAACAGCGUAAGGACCCCGGUUCAAGCCCCCGGCUCCCCACCUGCAGGGGUGUCACUUCACAAACAGUGAAGCAGGUCUGCAGGUGUCUGUCUUUCUCUCCCCCUCUGUCUUCCCCUCUUCUCUCCAUUUCUCUCUGUCCUAUCUAACAAUGAAGACAUCAAUAACAACAACAAUAAUAAUAAUUACAACAAUAAAAAGGGCAACAAAAAGGGAAAAUGAAUAAAUAAAAUAAAUUAAAAAAAAGAUUUUAUUUAUUUAUUAUUGAGGAAGACAGGAGGAGAGAGAAAGAACCAGACGUCACUCUGGCACAUGUGCUGCCAGGGAUCGAACUCAGGACCUCGUGCUUGAGAGUCCAAAGCUUUAUCACUGCGCCCCCUCCCGGACCACAACUAUUGUAUUGUACUGCCGACUGUAAACCACUAGUCCUCGAUAAUGAAAUUUAAAAAGAAAAGAAAAAAAAAGGUAAAAGAAAAAACAACAACAAAAAAGGGGCAACAAAAGGGAAAAUGAAUAAAUAAAUAAAUAAAUAUUAAAAACACAUUGAAAAGCAGGGUAAAGGGGCCGAUGGCGGCACAGCAGGCUAAGCACACAUGGUACGAAGCUCAAGGACCCGAAGUGCAGGGCUCCCAACUUGAGCCCCCAGGCCUCACCCACAGAGGCUCUACAGCAGUGAUGCAGGGCUGCGGGUGUCUCUCUCCCUCUCUGUCUCCCCCCCUCUCAAUUUCUCUCUGUCUCUGUCUAAUAAAAUGAAGAAGAAAAAAGCUUCGGGAGUCGGGCAGGAGCGCGGCGGGUUAAGCGCACGUGGCGCAAAGCGCAAGGACCGGCGUAGGGAUCCCGGUUCGAGCCCCCGGCUCCCCACCUGCAGGGGGGUCGCUUCCCAGGCGGUGAAGCAGGUCUGCAGGUGUCUGUCUUUCUCUCCCCCUCUCUGUCUUCCCCUCCUCUCUCCAUUUCUCUCUGUCCUAUCCAACAACGACGACAACAAUAAAAACAACUAGGGCAACAAACGGGAAUAAAUAAAUAAUUUUUAAAGCCUCCAAAAGCAGUGAAUUCAUAGUGCUGGCACUGAACCCUAGCAAUAAUCUGGAGGCAAAAAUAAAAACUAAAGGGGGCAGAGUGAGGGUAGGUGGCAUAAUAAUUCUGCAGAGACUUUCCUGCCUGGAGCUCUGAAGCCCCCAUUCAAUCCCCAGCACCACCAUCAGCAAGGGCUGAGCAGGGCUCUGGGGAAAGCAAAUUAAAAAGUGAAUAAAUGGGAGUCGGGCGGUAGCGCAGCAGGUGAAGCGCAGGUGGAACAAAGCACAAAGACCUGCUUAAGAAUCCUGGUUCGAGCCCCUGUAUCCCCACCUGCAGGGGAGUCGCUUCACAGGCGGUGAAGCAGGUCUGCAGAUGUCUGUCUUUCUCUCCCCCUCCGUCGUCCCCUCCUCUCUCCAUUUCUCUCUGUCUUACCCAACGACAUCAAUAACAACAACAAUAAUAAUUACAUCAAUAAAAAACAAUGGCAACAAAGGGAAAUAAAUAAAUAUAAAAAACAAAAAAAUUAAAGUGAAUAAAUAAGUAAGGGAGGCAAGUGGACAGGUCAGCUGGGUAGUGUGUCCACUGUACCACCCUCAACAGCUGCAAGCAGUGACCAAGCUCAUUGCAGGGAACAGCGGUGCUCUCCCGUUCUGUCUCUCUGAGUCUCUGCAGGGAACAGCGGUGCUCUCCCGUUCUGUCUCUCUGAGUCUCUGCAGGGAACAGCGGUGCUCUCCCGUUCUG